GUUGAUUAAAGGCGGUGGGGGCAGGGAUCAAACGCGCCGCAUCUCCAAGUGUGCUUGUGUCUGCGUGUGGGGAAGCACGCAAAAAACUGAGAGAAAACUAGCUUAGCUGAGACAAACAGAGCAAAAAAAUGGCCGGUGGGAGCUCCCUGGAAGCGGUGAAAAAGAAAAUCAAGUCAUUGCAGGAGCAGGCCGAUGCGGCGGAGGACCGGGCGGCGUUACUACAGCGGGACCUGAACCAGGAGAGGAGUGCGAGGGAAGCAGCUGAGGGUGAUGUAGCUUCCCUGAACAGACGUAUCCAGCUGGUUGAGGAGGAGUUGGACCGUGCUCAGGAGCGUCUGGCCACAGCUCUGACCAAGCUGGAGGAGGCUGAGAAGGCUGCUGAUGAGAGCGAGAGAGGCAUGAAGGUCAUUGAGAACAGGGCAAUGAAGGACGAGGAGAAGAUGGAGCUGCAGGAGAUCCAGCUGAAGGAGGCCAAACACAUCGCUGAGGAGGCUGACCGCAAAUAUGAGGAGGUUGCCCGUAAGCUGGUGAUCAUUGAGGGUGACUUGGAACGUACAGAAGAGCGUGCUGAGCUGUCUGAGAGCAAAUGCUCUGAGCUUGAGGAGGAGCUGAAAACUGUGCAGAACAACCUGAAGUCUCUGGAGGCCCAGGCAGAAAAGUACUCACAGAAGGAGGACAAGUACGAGGAGGAGAUCAAGGUCCUGACAGACAAGCUAAAGGAGGCCGAGACCCGUGCCGAGUUCGCUGAGAGAUCAGUCGCCAAGCUGGAGAAGACCAUUGAUGACCUUGAGGACCACCUAUACAAGCAGCUUGAGAAAAAUCGUCUUCUCACCAAUGAACUGAGAGUAGCUCUAAACGAGGCAUAAACUGGAAGGGAAUCUUGUAUGCUUUAAUGUUUCUGAAAUUCCAGUCACCAGGAAUGUUGUUGUACUGUUUAUUUAAAUAACUAUACACAGCAGCAAUUAUGUCUUAAAAACAAAACAAGUUACGCUUUCAAAAAAGUGGGAAUACAAGUGAGAGAUUUUCACAUGCAUGUUCAAAUAACUGCUUCAAGUGGGAGGCUACACAGGUUCAGGAGACGGACGAAAUUCAGUUGAUAUAUUUUCUCAGUUAUUGUCAGGGCUACAUAAUUAAAAUCUGGUCUGCAAUAUGUGCUUCUAUCCAUGAAAAGGAGGCCUUGGAAUAUUGCAAUGGACUGAACAAAUAUCAUCACUUUUAAAAUUAUUUGGAUUAUACCCAGAUUUUCCUUUUUGUACUUGGGUGAGAUGGAUGGUUGGACAGGUGUGUAGUUUUUACUUGUAGCAUUUCAGUGAUACAUUCACAUUUUAGUUAGGAAUUGCAAUAAUUUAACACAUUCAAUUAUGUAGCACUAGUUUACAGCAGCAGUCACCUAAAGCACUAAAUAUUAUAAUGUAAAGGCCCUGACGAUUAGAGGGGAAACCCCAACAAUCAAACAAUUCCCUGUGAGGAAGCACUCUGUGACAAUAGGGAAAAAGAACUGUCUUUUAACAGGGAGAUCUGGUGGAGGACGGCAGCAUACUGUGAUCGGUUGGGCUGUGAGGAGAAAGAUGAGGACUAAACGCACCAAGGGAGAGACUAGAUGGGGAAAUAAUGGUAUACAAUAGUGGCAUGUAAAUGCAUCAGGGGUGAAGAGGGAAGUGGAGAAGAAAUCCUGAGUGCGUCAUUGGACGUCCUCCAGCAGCCUUAACUUGUAGCAGUAUAAAUAACUAAAGCUUUAUUCAAAAUAAUUUUGUUUUUCAAGUGUAAUCUUAAAAGUAAAGAGGUUGUUUCCCAAACUUCAACUGGGAGCUUAUUUGAUAGGAGAGGAGCCAGAUAUUUGAAGGCUCUGUCUCCCAUUCUACUUUUAGAAAUUCUAAGAACAUCAAGUAAGCCUGCAGUCUGAGAGCGAAGUGCUUUGUUGGGAACUGUUCCCACAAACCUCAUAGUUAUCUGUAGAGAUGUCUGCCUUCUCCAAGAAUAUAAUAAAACUACAUGGCGCUCACCUUGCGAUGCUAAAAGUGCCAAAUAAUCGGGUUGUGACUUCAGGAAAGAAACAUUCCAGCUGAAUUUUCCCCAAUGUUUAUUUUGGGGCGCUUUAAGCAUCACAAGGCAAGAUGUUGCUUGCCUUGUGAUGCUUAAAGCAAGGCAAGCAACAUUUAGUUUUAUUAUAUAUCCUCAGGACAUAGCAGCUUAAACCAAAACAGUGUAGAUGGAUAAAGAGAACUUCAAAGAAAAGGUGUGCAGUUUUAUUUUGCAGCGAACUGUUCGUUAAUCGUAGCACAGGAGGAGAUUGAUCAUAUGAUUCACCUGUAGCAACAAGGAAGUGUUGGCGGUAAGGAAGAUGUGAAUAACAGAUUUCACAGUACCCCUGUAUGAUCUGUCAGUAAUUUGUCUAAGUGAAUGGGGGAGAAAAAAGGACAUGGAGUGUGCAUAUACAAUAAAAGUAAAGUGAUACUGGUCCAAUAGUAGAAGGAGACAAUUAUUAGUGCUUAGAAGAGUUUUCAGUUUUUUUCCUCAAAAGUGCUAGGGUUUUAUACUUUAGUCAAUUCCACUGCCAAAUCAUAUAUUACAAAAAAGGAAAGCUUUUUUUUUCCCCCUGCAUAAACUCACCACGUCCAUUCUUGACCACAGCCCUGUCAAUAGCGUGAGUUUUUAGUAUUUCUAGUAUACUUUAAAUACAAGUUCAAAUUUGAUUAGUUAUAUCAGAGAAUCUAAAAAUAACUUGAGGAUAUCGACUCCGCUAAUAAGUGCUGACCUCUUACUGGAAAAAAAUAUAUACUUGGGUAUGUAACGAUAUCCAGCAUAUGUUUGUCACUGUACCUGAGGUAAACCUUUGUCUGACUAUAUUCUGUGUCUCUUGUAACUGUUUUUUUUUUUUCUUUCUUUUUUUGUUUUUAACUGAUGCAAUGCUAUAUUAACAGAUAAACUCACACGUGCUAAAGAAGAGGGCCUGAGCAUAAAGCAGAUGCUGGAUCAGACUCUAAUGGAGAUGGUUAACAUUUGACCUAGCUCUGUUCCCCUCCUCACAUUGCCUCAUCUGCUCUGAAUAUGGCUGGCUCCCAUAUGACUAUGACUGCUACACACAAAGCUGGAGCUUGUGUUUGUCUCCUCUGACCGUGCCAUCUUGAAGACACAAGCUCUGCGCAAGUUAGCAGCUCAUCUACAGUUUCCUUUACGCACUGUAUUAAAAGGUCAUUUAAAAUUUACUGUACAUCUUUAAUUGUUUACAUGUACGUGUGGGGAAUUUGCACUUUUUUGGGGAAUAUACUGCACAUGAUCGUCAUGAAUGAAGCCAUAAUUUAAGCCAAGGUUAUGAAAGGGACUUUUAUUAUGUGUACUUUUGUAAAGUUGCUUAUGUGUUAGUUUCUUUUUGUAUUGUAAAAAUGUAUUCACUGUCAGUGAUAUUCUCUUCCAGUUUAGCAAGGAAGGAAUUCUUAGCACAGUAGCGAAACUCAUUAUAUUGUUUCAACUAAGCAAACUAAAUACUUGUGGCGUAGUUAUCUGUUCGUUAUGUAGGUGUUUUCUUUUCGAAACACUGAUUUUUGUUUUUUAUCUUGGAGAUGUACAAAUCAUAAAUAAAUAUGCGAAUCAA